GUCAGGCGCGUGCCCCUGUCCGGCAGCCGAGGAGACCCCGCGCAGUGCUGCCAACGCCCCGGCGGAGGAGCUGAGGUCAUCAUCAAAUUUGAAAUAUUUAAAGUGGAUACAAAACUGUUUCAGCGAUGCAGACAAUUAAGUGCGUUGUUGUGGGUGAUGGUGCCGUUGGUAAAACGUGUCUCCUGAUAUCCUACACAACAAACAAAUUUCCAUCUGAGUAUGUACCGACUGUUUUUGACAACUAUGCUGUCACAGUUAUGAUUGGUGGAGAGCCAUAUACUCUUGGACUUUUUGAUACUGCAGGGCAAGAGGAUUAUGACAGAUUACGACCGCUGAGUUAUCCACAAACAGAUGUAUUUCUAGUCUGCUUUUCAGUGGUCUCUCCAUCCUCAUUCGAAAAUGUGAAAGAAAAGUGGGUGCCUGAGAUAACUCACCACUGUCCAAAGACUCCUUUCUUGCUUGUUGGGACCCAAAUUGAUCUCAGAGAUGACCCCUCUACCAUUGAGAAACUUGCCAAGAAUAAGCAGAAGCCUAUCACUCCAGAGACUGCUGAAAAACUGGCCCGUGACCUGAAGGCUGUCAAGUAUGUUGAGUGCUCCGCACUCACACAGAAAGGCCUAAAGAAUGUAUUUGAUGAAGCAAUAUUGGCUGCCCUGGAGCCUCCAGAACCGAAGAAGAGCCGCAGGUGUGUGCUGCUAUGAACGUCUCUCCAGAGCCCUUUCUGCACAGCUGGUGUCGGCAUCAUACUAAAAGCAAUGUUUAAAUCAAACUAAAGAUUUGACAGCCCUUAGGGGAGGAGGACGGAUUGAUUCCACAUUCCACUUCCUAGAUCUAGUUUAGAGAACAUGUUCCCCACCUGGUGCUCUUAGGAAGGAGUAUAGUAAACGCCUCAUUUAAUAAUAUACUCCUUUUUGAAAGUUGCCUUUUCUCUCCACCCUUGAGUAGGUCCAGUAUUUGAUGAAACUCAUGAAAGUGGGUGGAACCUGUCUUGCCCCUCCUCUUUUCUAGGAUGCACUAUAUAUGUGACUGUGACUCUCAAGGAAAUUUGUUUGCCAUUUGCUGAUUUUUUUUUUUUGAAGUUAAUUUCUAACUUCUUUCACUGAUAAAUGAAGAAAAGUAUUGCACCUUUUGAAAUACACCAAAUGGAUUGAGUACAUAAUUAAAAAAUUUUUUUUUUCCCUGUCAGUCAUUGUCUUAAUAUGCUUAGCAUAGACAUGCAGCUUAAUAGUGUAUGAUAUGGUGUUCCUAGAACACAGCUGAAGACCUGGUGUAUAGAGGAAAUCCAAGGGGUGGUGCUAGAAGACAGAUGCCUAUGGGAUGAUUCGCAUCCUCUUUCAAGUCGUGAGGAUGGAGACCUGCUUCAUUAAGAAGCUGGGGGUGGGGUGGGGGUGGGGAGAACCUUUAACAACAUGGGGACCAGUCAGGGGAAUCCCCUUAUUUCUGUUUUGCAUGAGGAACCCUAGAGCAGCCAGGUGAGGCUCUCUAGUUCAGCAAAAAUCCUAGGGAGAGUCUUAUGAAGACUCUUCAUAAGUGUUAAUAGGGAUUUUAUCAGCUUAUUUUGGUUGCAGUUUUCAAGUUUUAAAAUGUUAGUUUAUCUUCCCCACCUUCCCUAAAUCCUAAUUCUUGUAGAUUUCAUUAGUGUUGAACCAAUGCUUUCUCAUGUCUCAAUUCUUUGUAUAUGCAUUCUUUUCAGAUGUAUUAAACAAACAAACAAAAAAACCCUUCA